GUGCUAGAAAGACUACGAGAAGCCAAGAAGGCGGUAUCAGACACGCCGCACCUACUCGACAUUCGCAAUAAUCUCAUCCUAUAUAAGAUUGUGUAAACAUAUCAGUAGAUACUGGCAGAGUUCUCAGAGUGAUGGUGUUGUGCAAUGUGUAAAAUAGACUGCUCGCGAUACGAAUCAUCUGAUGAGAGUUUUGGGGAAGGGAAUGUAGGUGAAAAAAAAAAUAAAUAAAGAAACAGAGAGAGAGAAAGACAGAUAACUAAUAAUAAUAAAAAUAAACGUUGUCGCGAUUUAGAGAGCUAUCAGUAAACAAGAUUUCAAAACAAUAACAGCGAUCGAGUGCGUGCCGCUCGAGUAAGAGUGUGCUCAUUCAACUUGUUCGGCUCGGUUCUCCUCCGCUAGGCAGCCAAGGUUCCGUUGGUCCCUCGGCACCUCGUAAAUAAAGAGUUUAGUCGGUGUACGUUCGCUCGAGAGCGAGUAUCGCGCGUCUUCAGCCGGUGAAUCACGCGUUCACUGAUUACGCAUCGCUCUCUCUAUCUAGCCUUGUGUAUAUAUAUGGCUGUAUAUAAAUAAUUGACGUGAUCAUCGACAAAGAAUCAGGAUAGUCGAACAACGUGCUAGUUUGCUAGAACGUACACAAGGUGUGGACGUACGUAAACAGUGACGGAAGCUUGUGAGUCUUACGAUAUUCGUUGGUUUCACUAAUUCGAGGAAGCUUUGAAGAUAACAAACGGCUUGUGAUCGAACCCUGGUCGAGCCGUCGUGUUGCGUUGCUGUUGAGAAGCCAGUUGGAUUUUACGCGAAGGAGAGUCAGCAGGUAAACACACCUGCUGGGACUUUGUCUGGUAGAAGAGCUGAUAUUACACUGAAGGCAAGUAGAACGGAAAAGAUGCCGAGUGCCGAGGAAACGACAUAUUUAAUUGAAGUAAUGCCGGACACGACGCAUGACUUCCUAACGCGAGACGUUGAUAUACUUGUAUCACAGAUAAAAGAGAAUUUAAGAUUAUCAGGAUUCAAGGCCAAGUCGAGCGUUACUCAUAAGAGUCGGCCGUCGCCCUACCGGAUACCGUCACGAUCCUGGGCUGAUCCUACCAACUGCGAGAUCUGUGGUGUGAGAAAUAAUAGCUCACACGAUCAUCGUCAUCAUCACAAGAGAUCGAAUGCCAGGGAAGAGGACGAUCCUUAUGAACUUCUACAAGAAUUAUUACGAGAAGGUGGACUGAUAAAAGAGGCUGUGAAGAGACUUCAAGCGAAUCUUGAUGAACUUGAAACAUCUGAAGAAGAGGACGAGUCCAGCUCGGUUUAUCGAAGAAAACCGUAUUUUUAUGAUUCUGAGGAUGAGCCUUUACCUCCUGUAUUUCAGCCGCUCGAACUGUGAGGUGAAUCGAAAGAUAACGUGUAAACGGAACACGAGUGACGACAGCCCUCGACUGUGUUUACUGUGAUCGUUGCUCGAUUUUUGGUUUAAUGCAAAAUUUCUGUAAAAUGUCGGAAGGAUUCCGUUAGGAUUUCGUGUUCCCAUAUGUGCUCUAGGGCGCGCUUGGACAUCGGGGAACGUAAUUAGGCAGGAACUUGCCUUACAUGGUCGUGUUUGUAAAUAUGGAGUGUUGUUAUUUGAAGCAGUCUCGCUUCGUGAACGUUCGGCCAAGAUCGUUGGCGUAUCGACGACUAUGAGGCUACGUGGAAGACUUAUGGCCGACGUGCACCCAACCCGAUUACUCGACACCAUUCGGUGAACCAAUGACAAAUCAAUGAUCAUUGUUGUCGUUCGAACGGCCUCGACGGUAUCAAGGGGUUCUCCCGUUUUCUCAGAAAAAACUUUUUAGCUUUCCAAAAAAUCGUCAAGUUGAUAUCGACCAAUGCGCACGCACAUAUUCGCGUUAUAUUUAACGUGAAUGAUAUUGUAAAGCGCGUUAAGCACGAAGCACGACUCUACUUUGGUCGCACGUCGACCUUCCUUCUAGCAAUUAUUAUUUUUAAAAAUAUCGAACAGAGAUAUCAGUAAGGUACAUAGUCUUUAUUGAGAGCCUAGAGAAGUAAUGAGAAAUCUGCUCCUGUUCUUCUUCGACGUGUUUUUGUUGUGUAUUCCGCAUCAAUCAUCAAUCGAUCAACGAUAUUAUGCCUUUGUAAGCUACCUAUUUGUAGCAAGAAAAACGAUGAUCUCAUUUAUUUGUCAAAUUCGACGCUAAUGGCAUACACUGAUUGCCAAGAGAUAUCGUGAAUUAAGUUAGUCCUCGGAUUUAGGCUUUCUGACUGUGUACAAGUCCUCUGAUGCGUUCGAGCAAAUCGCCCAACAUGGAGUAUUAUGAUAAAAAAAUUUCAAAAAAUACUAGAACAUGCUCGAAAGCAAAGAUAGGAGAGUAAGAGAGUAUGAAAGAGAGAGAAUGUACGUGUGUGUUUAUGAAAAGAGAGAACAAAAUAGAAGUGAGGGCCUGUAAUGAUAUAGCUUUACAUUUUUCUGUGCAUGUUUUAGUGCAUAGUUAUUUAUCAUUCUUAAUCACUAAAUACGUUGAUGUAAUAACAUUCUAUUUACUUGUAAUAUACUGUGUACGCGAGCGUGCAAGUUUAGUCAAGGAAAUAACUAUCAUGUAGGUAGAGACGAGUGAUUCAUUUCCGAUAAAAUGAGGACAACGGCGAAAUACAACAUUCGAUAAAUACUGGCGCAAUAAUCAAUAUUUAUAGCGACAUUGAUUGCGAUUUCACACUGUUCACUGUAUUGCGUCAGUGUCGAAAAGCGUCCAAUUUAGUGUAAUUGGUAUUGUGUACCUAUGCGAAUGCUGUGAGAGAAAGAAGGUAUAUGAUUUUUGACUUUUGCGAAUGUAUGCGUUCAACUCCUAUGAAUGCAUGGUUCGAUUCAUAUUUUUUUUGUAUAAGGAAGGAGUGUUUUUUUUUUAGUUACUCGUUAUACAAGAAUUAAGGAAAAAUAUAUCUCGUUGUGAUCGUCGGACAUGACCGUCCGGCAAGUCUAAAUAAAAAUAAAAAAAAAUUACAAGUUUCAAUGCAAA